CCUGUAACUAUUUUUCCGGGCAUAGGGUUUUCAUUUAGACUUCAUCGGUCCAAUAACAGGCCUACUUUUUCAGCUUCAUUCCCUUUCACUCUCUCUCUUCCGCCAUCUCCAACCUAAGCUCCCGUCUGCCGGCGCUCGAGACACUAUCGGGCUCAUACGCCGGUGUAAAAAAGAGAAAAUCUUUGACGGAAACAGCCGAAACUAAUUAUUGGUUCGUUAUAUUUGAGUUGCCGUCAAAUUUUCCUACUGCGUAGCUGAAAAAGAAAGGAAAUUUUUGAAUCAGAACCUGCUACAACAAUGGUGGAGAAGAAGGGAAAGUCGAGGGAUGAAAUCACUCGGAGCCGAAAAACAGAUGGAGAUUUUCGGAACAAGAAGCGAAAGAGUUUCAGCUCGAGUAAGAAGAAGAAGAACAGAAAGGAGGAAGCUAACGGGAAGAGACCCAAACGCGGACCCCGCCUGCCGAACGCUCUGCAGAAGGAGCUCAGUCUUUUGAGCCGCGCUGGGGAAGGAGAGCCGUCGGAUGGUGAUGAGGAGAUUGGCUCCGACGACGAUGCCAUCGUCGGCGACGUGUAUGAGUAUGAAGAAGGUGUGCCGGAGGAGGAGUCGAUGAAGAACAGGCGGUUCGACCGUGUUGAAAACUACCAGUUUGAGCUUCCUAAGGAUUUUGAGGAUUGGAAAGUCGCAUCAGAUGGUGAUGGCGAUGAUGGCGAGGAUGAUGAUGAUGAUGAUGAACACAAAGGAGGUGAUGACGAGGAUCAAGAGGACGGAAGGCAUCAAAGGAUGCUGGAGGAGAUUACUGGACUACCCGGUGAUGCUUUCGGAGGUAAAAAGAAGAAAGACUUUAUAGUAUCUGAGGCAUAUCCAGAGUCUGAGUACAAUCCGAGCAGUGAUGUUCUGGAUGGUGAUGGCCGGAUUAGCAUUCAAGACCUUUUGGACCCUCUGCACGGAAAGUCGGGCUUCAGCAAGCUCAGGAAGAGCGUAAACCGGAUGGAGAAAAAGUCUGUUCCGACUCUCACACGACUUGCCAAGCCUGAUCAAGAGAGAUUGGAACGGAAGGCAGCUUACGAGCUAUCUAAGAAGGACAUUACCAAGUGGGAGCCUCUGGUUAAGAGGAACAGGGAGGCACCUACGUUGUAUUUUGAUGAAAAAGUGAACAUGGGAUAUUCGACUAUAGGGCAAAUUGCUUCCGAGUUUGAGCCAAGAACUGAUUUUGAAAAGAAAAUCAUGUCACUGGUUAACCAAAAGGAUGUGGCUGAUGCUUACAGGAACGAUGGUGCCAAGCUUCUUGAACUCAACAAGAUUUCUGUUGAAGAUGUGAAGGAUCGGCAGGAAAGGCUUGCCAAGAUGCGUAGCCUUCUUUUUCGGCACGAGAUAAAGGCAAAACGGAUUAAGAAGAUAAAGUCCAAAACUUACCACCGGCUGUUGAAGAAGGACAAGAAAAAGGCAGCAGAAGCUGCUAUUCAGAUGGACCCAGAGGCUGCUAAGGAACUGGCGAUGAAGCAAGAGUUCAAAAGGGCGGAGGAACGUAUGACUUUAAAACACAAAAACAGCUCCAAAUGGGCUAAACGGAUCUUAAAACGCGGUCUUGAUGCCCAAGAUGAAGCCACCAGAGAAGCUUUUGGCGAGCAGCUGAAUCAACAUGCAGCUUUGACUAGAAAAAUGAAUUCUUUGAAAGAAAACAGUAGCAGUGAUGAAAGCAGUGAUGGGGAUGACAGUGAUGACAUGUCGGGGGGUUCGGAUCGGGAUAUGUCGUCCAAACUGAUAGCGAAGGCCAAGGAGAAGACAAUUAAAGUAUUAGAAGGGGAUGAAGAACUACCCAAGUCAGGAGUGCUUUCUCUACCUUUCAUGGUUCGUGGAAUGCAAAAGAGAAGAGAAGCUGCUGAUGAGGAAGCUAAGUGUGCCCUUGAAGAAUAUGAGUCGUCAUUGAAGCAGUUACAAGGUCAAAAUGUGUCAGCAAAACAUGAAAAGAGUGCCUCUAGUGGUAGGAUGGUUUUUGGUGCUCCGAAGAAGGUGGUGGCUAAUGAAACAAAAACUAAGGAAAAAAUAAACAACUUCUAUGAAAACAGUGAGAGUGAAAAUGAAGAUGAGAUCCAGGAUGUUGAUGUUGGCGAACAUAAUCAAACUGAUAAAUCUCUUAGAGAAGUUGAGAUAGACCCUAAUGUACUCCGAGAGGAGUUGAACAUCGGUCAGGACUCUGUAUUUAAGAGCUUUGGAGGGGCUGAAGAUCCUGAGCCCAAGACAUCCUAUGAGGUGUCUUAUCUGGCUUCUGAUUCAUGGAAAAAGGUAAGCCGAUCACACAAUGAUGCUAAAAAACAGUUUGACAAAAGCGACACUACCCGCAAGCCUAAAUUAACAACUGGAGCAAACGAAGAUGAUCGUGAUACAGAGGAAAAUGAUGACAGUGAUUCCGAUAGUGGUGGGGAAAUGGUGGAUGGGAUUUUAUCUUCGGGUCAAAAAUCUGGUUACGAGCUUCCGUCUCAAGCUGAGCUCAUACAGCGUGCUUUUGCUGGAGAUGACGUUGAAGAUGAUUUUGAGAAAGAUAAAGAGGCUGUUCUAAAUGAAGAGAACCCAGAACCGGAAAAGCCCGUUUUGCUCCCUGGGUGGGGCCAGUGGACCCAUAUACAGAAAAAGAAAGGACUGCCUUCUUGGAUGGUGGAAGAACACGAGACAGCGAAAAAUAAAAGGAUGGAGGCUCUCAAGAAGAGGAAGGAUGCACGACUUAACCAUGUCAUCAUUUCAGAGAAGUUGGAUAAAAAGGCAGAAAAGCUUCACACAAAGACAUUGCCAUAUCCAUACACAUCAAAGGAAGUUUUUGAACAAAGUAUCCGGAUGCCGAUUGGACCUGAAUUUAACCCUGCCUCGGCCAAUGGUGCUCUUAUCCGGCCAGAGGUGGUUACGAGGCCUGGUGUUAUAAUCAAGCCAAUCUCAUAUGAAGAUAUUAGCGUGCGAGAUAAAGCUGAGUUCCAUAAGUUCAGUGGCCAAAAACAAAGAAAGGGCCAAGGCAAGAAUAGACCAGCAAAAAUGUUGACCUCCAAGGCUUGAUAAAAUUUCGGAAGGAUACUCUAAAGACUAUUUUACAUCAUUUGAUAAAAAGUUGGCAGGAUACAAUUGAGAUUAAUGCCUUUUACAUUAGUUCUUGUUUUAAUGAAACCAAUUGUUUUUUCCUUGAUUUGAUCUAAUUUAAGAGUGCAUGUUAUGGGGUUGUUUGAAA